UCAGUCGCCUGCAGGAGGCUGGUAACAGGGAGCUGAGCUGGGAGUGCAGGCUGGACACGGCCGGGCUGCGCGCACCCGCUCGGCCGCCGCCCCUGCGGAUGAUGAAUUUACAGCUUGAAGUUGGAAAGGGUCUCUCGCCUGCUGUGUACUGCUUUUACUGCCAAAAAUGUUCUUCUCACCUGGGAGCCAGUUGGUUGACAACACCAAGAAUACAUUGGGAGCUUAAUUCUGCCUCCCCGGAGAUCUGACCUAGCCCCUGGCACCCAAGCUUGUUAUAAAGAGAAGAGUGAUGAGAGAGAAAUCAGAUAAUCUGUGAAAGGCAUGUGAACAUAUUGUCACCAUAAGGGACUUCAAGAAGAUCUUUCCAGAGGCAGAGGGAACAUCUACUUGGAACUCAUGACACAUUGCAGAAGUUAAGGACACAUCAAGUUUUAGCAAAGAGGAAAGAGCCCUAUUAAAAGUGAAAGGCUGCCCCGGCCCCCACGACGCCACCGCCAUGACGACAGCCAUCCUGGAGCGCCUGAGCACCCUGUCCGUGAGCGGCCAGCACCUGCGCCGCCUGCCCAAGAUCUUGGAGGAUGGACUUCCCAAGAUGCCCUGCACCGUCCCGGAAACGGAUGUGCCCCAGCUCUUCCGGGAGCCGUACAUCCGCACGGGCUACCGCCCCACGGGGCACGAAUGGCGUUACUACUUCUUCAGCCUCUUUCAGAAACACAACGAAGUCGUCAACGUCUGGACCCACCUGCUGGCGGCCCUGGCCGUACUUUUGCGAUUCUGGGCCUUUGCGGAGGCCGAGGCCUUGCCGUGGGCCUCUCCUCACUCCCUGCCCCUGCUCCUGUUUAUCCUGUCCUCCAUCACGUACCUCACGUGCAGCCUUCUGGCCCACCUGCUGCAGUCCAAGUCCGAGCUGUCCCACUACACCUUCUACUUCGUGGACUACGUUGGCGUCAGUGUUUACCAAUAUGGCAGUGCCUUGGCCCACUUCUUCUACAGCUCCGACCAGGCCUGGUACGAGCGGUUCUGGCUUUUCUUCUUGCCCGCAGCUGCCUUCUGCGGCUGGUUAUCGUGUACUGGCUGUUGCUACGCAAAGUAUCGUUACCGAAGGCCUUACCCAGUUAUGAGGAAGAUCUGUCAAGUGGUACCGGCAGGGCUGGCCUUCAUCCUAGACAUCAGUCCUGUGGCACACCGGGUGGCACUCUGCCACCUGGCUGGCUGCCAGGAGCAGGCAGCCUGGUACCACACCCUCCAGAUCUUUUUCUUCCUGGUCAGCGCCUACUUCUUCUCCUGCCCGGUACCUGAGAAGUAUUUCCCGGGUUCCUGUGACAUCGUGGGCCAUGGGCAUCAAAUCUUCCAUGCCUUUCUGUCUAUCUGCACGCUCUCACAACUGGAAGCCAUCCUUUUGGACUACCAGGGGCGACAUGAGAUCUUCCAACAGCGCCAUGGUCCUUUGUCUGUCUACAUGGCCUGCCUUUCUUUCUUUUUCUUGGCCGCCUGUAGUGCUGCCACCGCAGCCCUUCUGAGACACAAAGUCAAGGCCAGACUGACAAAGAAAGAUUCAUGAGGCUUUUGGGUGGAAUAGGAUGUAGAUGUGAACGUGGCCCUUGUGAUUUGGGGAAAACUUGAUACAACAAUGGAAGUUGACUUGUUAUUUUUAGGGGUUGAUUUUCAAAUUAAUAUGUAUUUCCAAGGAUAUGCUAUGGCUACAGCAUUUAAAGCCAAAGGAUUCAAGAGUUUUGUUGUUAAGUAAAGGAAUAUUCCUUUUCCUUCUGGGUCAUAGCCUUAGAAGGAAAGGGAUCUUGGUAAGAUUGAUGAAACACUGAACUGAGAACUAUCUUCAUGCCUGAAAAUUUAGCAGAUUCUGACUAUAGCUUCCAGAGGCAAGCUUCCAGAGUGGAUAAUAAAAUAGUACUGGAAAGUAAGUAGGUUUGUCCUCACCUUAUUGGAAUAACCAUCCUACUAUGCUGGUCUUUGGUAAUUGAAUAAAUUGACCUAAAGACCUUGUCUUAUUUGGAUUUCAAAUUAUCUAGAGGAAAAGUCAGAAUCUUCAAGAUGAUUCAGUGAAACUGUUAGAAAUAAUGAAUUACUCAGUUCAUCUGAUUUCUGAUCCCUACUCUCUCAUCCACUCUACCACUGACCCUUUCUCAGGACAAUUGUCUGCCUGGCUGUUUUUUUUUUUUUUUUUUUUUUUUGUCUGAAGUGCUGUUCACUCCUGUCCCUUCUUUGCAUGGUAACUAUGAAGCAGUCAUACUUCCAGGAAAUGCUUGAAGCCAUGUGACAUGCAGGAAGUUCAUUCUUGUAUAAUACUGAUGUAAAUGGUACUAGAAAGUACAGUGCCAAGAGCCUCCAGGAGGCCCAGCCAACAAGCAACAAACUUGCUUGUUUGGUGUUAUGGGACCCUUCUUUUAUACCUGUGAACUGUAGGAUUACCAGAGCUAUUAGGGCUGCCUUACAAACCAGAAGAUCUGGGGGUUGCUGUAAGAUUCUAAAAAACAUAUUGACAAAAAUGGCUCUUUUGGGGGGUGGGGGUGGGGAACCCUUUGUAGGGUGAAAUGGUCCUAAGUUUCCUCUGGGGGUCUGAUUAUUUCAAGAGAAACUUGAAGUCCAGCCUUCUACAUAGAUUCUGCCUCAUGAAGGACCAACAUAACCACCUCAAUUCAGGGGCCUCAAGCAGGCAGAACCUUAAAAUAAUCAAGUCCCAGUACAUGUGUUCACUGUGGUUGGUCCCUAAAGGGUCCUUGGGUAAGAGCAAGGGAAUCAGGCACCUAUAACCAAAAUGCUCUGCUUGGAACAUUGCUGCCCAGCAGCUUCUGUGAGACAGGUGGUGCUUGCAAUUAUUGUUCUGGCCAUGCAGCCCUCUCUGAGGACUGGCUUCUGCACUAAUCCAGUGAAGGAGGCUGCAUCAAAGGAAGGGCUGAGAAGCCUUCUCUUCAUUGGCUACAUUUCCUAUCAGUAUAAAGUCCCUUGUUUACUAAAAAAGGAAGUGGUUUGUUUUAAUUACAGUUUGAUGAACCUCCUCUAAGAUUAUUUUCUUGUCUUCAGAAACAAAGAGUACUUUUUAUUCCUUUUUCUGAAAGAUUUGUGAGUUUUGUGCCUUAUAAAUGGAAAUGUAUGAACACUUUAUUUAAUAUAUGCACGUGUGGGAUUUCCUAUCUUGGGUUAUUGGGAUCAGAAAAAAAACAUUGUAAACCUAAGAAAGCUAGAACUAUUUAUCAAUAAAAAGACUUUGAAUCUCUGUUUUGGCCAAAAAAAAAAAAAAAAAAUCCAACUCAAGCUUUCCUGUAAUCUUUAAAUCAAGAAAGCAUGUGUCUUGUUAGCUACAUUGUUUUGCUAAGUGAAUUUCUUGUUCAUCCUCAAGUAUCUCAACUUUUAUGCUACCUAAAUGUCUUGUACAAGCUUCUGUUUGUCGAGGUCAAAUUCACAGCAAAUAAAGUUAGCAAAACUGAA